AUGGCUCUCACCAUCCUUUCUUUCUCUGCUCUCAUCUUCUCUUGGGUCUUAUUCUUUCUUCUUCCCAACAAGCUUUUCGUUGAAGCCGGCAAUGUUGAACUCAUCCAUCGUGAUUCCCCACGAUCACCAUUUUAUAACCCUUCCGACUCCUUAUUUGAUUGUGUAAUUCAACCCGCCCAUCGCUCAAAUUCUCGGAUCUACUACUUCCGUAUUUCUUCCAAGCCUUCUUCUGUUUCACCGACAUCCGUCCGAUCUGAGGUUGUUCCCAAUGGCGGUUCAUAUCUAAUAUCGCUCUCCAUGGGAACACCUCCUCUUGAAACUCUCGCCAUUGCUGACACCGGAAGCGAUCUCCUUUGGACCCAAUGUAAGCCAUGUGAUGGAUGCUACAAUCAGGAAGCUCCCCUCUUCGAUCCCAUCCAAUAUUCUACUUACCGAAAUCUAUCAUGCCAGUCGAAUUCCUGCCAAUCGCUGCCGCAGUCUUCAUGCAGUGUCAGUCGCAGCUGCGAGUAUUCAUACAGCUAUGGAGAUCAAUUUUUCACCAAUGGAGUUCUUGCAUCAGAGACACUCACCUUCGAUUCCACUGAAAUCAACCGUCAAAAUUCCAAAGAUAGCAUUCGGAUGCGGCCACAACAAUGCUGGAACCUUCAAUUCCAAUGGGCAGCGCUAGUGGGCCUUGAAGGCGGUCCACUUUCGCUAAUUUCCCAAUUGGGUUCUUUGAUAGAAGGAAAGUUCUCCAACUGCUUGGUUCCACUCCAGGAGAACACGACGAGCAGCCAACUGAAGUUUGGCGACACUGCUGUAGUCUCAGGAAGCAAUGUCGUUUCAACUCCUUUGGUUUCUAAAUAUCCCAAUACAUUCUACUAUCUAACCCUGGAAGAAAUCGAAUUUGGCGAGAAAAAUGUAAAGAUACCGGAGUCGAUCAAUCUAAAGCCGGCCCAAGAUCCAUCUCAGACGUUCGAUACGUGUUAUGAGGCCGGCCAGUAUGCUAGCUUCCCCGACAUGACAUUCCGAUUCGCCGGCGCUGAUCUGAUCUUAAAACCAUUGAAUACAUUCAUCCAAGUUUCUGAGGGUGUGAUCUGCCUUGCACUGAUGCCUAUGCAGGAUUUCUCUAUCUUUGGAAAUAUAGCUCAGCAGAACUUCAAAGUAGGGUAUGACCUUGUUGGGAAGAAGGUCUCUUUUGCUCCCACUGAUUGCAGCAAGAACUAG